AUGAUGAAUUUCGAUAAUCUCUUUCGACGUUUUAUAUUAACUCAAUCAUUUGUACGUGAUUGGGAAAAUCCAUUUCAUUUACAAGAAAUUUUUACCUGUCGACGUGAAAAAAUUGGUAAACAAAAAGGUAAUCAAAAUUAUAUAAAUGCUCGAUUCCGUUCACCACUUGCCAAUUAUUUACCGCAUUUGGUUUCAUCUCAAGUAGCUACAGCUCAUUUUCAACUUGUUCUAUCACGUGAUCAAGGUUUUAGCCGACGAAGGUUAUUUACUGCAGUCCCGUUAAUUAAUCAAUAUCCUAUAGGUUCAAUUCUUCUUGAAAAUCCAUAUUAUGGUUUAAGAAAACCACUAAAUCAAUCUCGUUCAUCAUUAUUAUAUGUUACCGAUUUAUAUAUUAUGAGUGAAGUACUUGUUUUAGAAACAUUUAUGCUACUUCAUUGGUGUCAAAAAAUGAAGUUAACAUCAGUUAUUCUACAUGGUUUUUCUUUUGGUGGACAUAUGGCUUCAUUAGCAUUUACAAAAUGGCCUGAUCCACCUUCUCGACAAUUCUAUGAAAAUAAAGCCUUUCAAACAUUUUAUGAUUAUUUACGUGAACGAAAUCGAUCAAUAGAUUCAAAUAAAAUUGUUCUCAAUCUUAUUAAAGAUAUGAUGCGUCUUCUUAUGGAUGAAUUUACAUCUUUAUAUAAUUAUUCACGCCUAAUUCAAUCAAAUAUACCUAAUGCUAUGUUUAUUGCUUGUACACAUGAUGGUUAUGUAUUACGUGAUGGUAUUCCACAUAUGAUUGAUGUAUGA